UAAAUUGUGAGGGUCUGGGCUGCUUCUGGGCUGCGAGGGCAGUCAUGCAGUGAUGAACAUACACUAAUAAUGUAAGCUGUAAACAGCAGUUCAAUAACCUAACAAGAAGGAUACGUAAUUUACUUCUUUAGGUCCUUUGGUUCUUUAGGUCCUUAUGCCUUCCUUUUGGCUUAGAAAAAUCAAAGCUCUGUAUUUGGGGUUAGUCUUACCUCCAUUUUUUUUCUGCUGUGUUUGAAUAAAACAAAUAUUAGAAGGAAACACAUCUAGGCUAGUUAAGUACCAUGGGUCUCUCAGAGCCGAUUUUGCUUUGGGACCUUUGUCGUGCCCAGCCCAGAAAAUUCACUCCCUCUCCCACCCCCCAACCCCCGGGCUAAUAUUAUUGCUCCCGAAGUCUUCUUUCCUCCCACUAUUGAGCUAAGGUGGUCGGGGACGUGGGAUGGCCGAGUUCUUUUUCGGGGACAAGGCAGACCAGGUUGGGGGCACGGGCUAGCAGUGUUCAGGUGCUCAGCGGGCAGCGCUGCGCGCUAGGAGUUGACCGAAGUGAAUCAACUUCAAUUCUCAUGUGAGGCAACAGGGGCCUGACGGAGGAUCCAGUUCCAGCUACCCACAUUCCUGACACACUAUGAUGUGCCUGAGUGGGUGUCGUCGGCACAGGGACGGGAGCGCGUUUGGGUAAGGGGUUCCGAAUUUGGAGUGCGACAGACCUGGUUCCAACAGAGCUCGGCUACUCGGCGGCCGUGAGACCUCGCACGCUCGUCCUCUCGAGCCCUCCCCCGGUCUCCUCCUCGCUCGGCCCGCCGCGGCGCGAGGCGUCGACGCGCCGCUCCGCAAGCCUGCGGCCGGACGCCCAGGAAGCCCCGAGGCCGGGAUGGGUGCCGCGCCGACGCCCCCUGGCGGCCGGCUCCCCGCCCUCGCCGGCCCGCGCCCAACGCUCGGCUCCUGGACGCCGGCGGCCGGAUGCCCUGCGUCCGCACCGUCCUCUGCCUCCUGGCGGCUCUGGCUGCCGGUGGCGCCGUCGCCUUCCUCGGCUACUGUGUGUACUUCGACCGGAAGCGGCGUGGAGACCCCGCGUUCAGGCGCCGCCUGCGGGACAUUAUGGGAUCCAGCAAAGAAUGAAAAAUUGCAAGAACUUUUUCUGCAAGAGGUACAAAUGGGAGAACUUUGGUUAUCCAGAGGAGACCAUCGAUUGGGGGUUGAACAUCUCAGCAAUGCCCUUUUAGUGUGUGGACAACCAGAGGAACUUCUGAAGGUUUUCAAACACACACUCCCUCCUAAGGUAUUUGAGAUGCUGUUGCACAAAAUUCCCCUUAUUUGCCAGCAAUUUGAGACAGACAUGAAUGAACAGGAAUACUUGGAGGAUGAUCGUGAUUGAAAAACAUUUCAACGUAUCCACCGUCCAGUCAGCAUACUAUGGUACUAUAUAUAGUAUAAACAACUGCUCAGUGAUAUUUCCAUUUAUUUUACUUUUAGUAAUAAAAAAUUUUUUCUAUCUCAUACAUGAUUGAACACAUUAUUUUGCUUUUAAAAUUAACAGUCACAAUUGAAGAAACAAUGGUUUAUUUAUCUAAUGAAGUUACCAAGCUGCUGAAUCUUAAGGCCUCAACAAAUGUUGCAUCUUAUUAUUUUGAUUGAACAAUAAGACCUUCUAUUUUGAUUAUUCAUGGUAAAUAGCAAUUUUGUUUCUCUAGUUGUUUCCCACUUGCCAGACAGUCAUGACAGUUUAACAUGGUGGCUACUGCUUUCAGGGGAUUCCAUCAGAUGAAUCCUCAUUUCCAUCACAACAGCUGCUGGCAAUGUUUCAUCUAAAGUCCAGCCAUCAGGACUCCUCUAUCGUGGUUGGCCAAGGAGUCCUGCUUUGGCUGCCAGGGCUUCAUUCUGCUGAAUAUGAUAUUCCUGAAAUCUCAUGGAUAUUCUUUGUGUCAUUUUUAAAUAUUUCUGUAAGCAAUGUUCUGAACAGGUGGUCUAGAAAUAAAAAGAGAAGAUCCAAGAGGCAACACAGAAAUAUUAAUGUUUUUAAACAAUGCAUGUAUUUUUACAUAAACAACCAGUGGGUGCUUUCCUUUUCUUUGAAUAUAUGAGAACUAAGUGGUAUUGAGUAGUGAGUGAUCAUAGCUUUCAAUUGUUAACAGUUUCAUCCAUUUACAAAAAUUAAUAUAUACUGAAUGCCUACUAGUUUGUAAGCACUAAAAACAAUGGUAAUGUCCCUGCCUUUUGCAUAUCUCAUUCUGAUUGUUAAAACAUAGGCCCAGUAGUUUGUUCCUUUUUAAUGAGAAGCUCCAUUCCCAAUAUUCUUAAAUUUCAACACUUCUUUUUAACAAGAAUAUUAUACUUAGCAUUUUUCAAACUUUGUCAUUUAUUUAACAAGGACUUACUGAUUGCUAGUUAUAUGUUCUUGGCAUGAAUGAAUAUCACUUUCAGCCAAUAUAUAAAUGUUUUGAUGAGGGUGUUAAAAGUUACGACUUCUGAGAGGAUUACGUUUUCAGAGUCCACCUAUGCAAUAUAAGCCACCAAAUUUAAGCUCUGCUUUUUCCAAAAUUAACCUGAAUUCUCAGGGUCAAGUUUCUCUAGCCAGGCCAUCUUGACUGAAAGCUAAUUAGUAAGAAUCUUUGCCAUGGAACAAUAAUUUAGCAAGCCCCAGGCAUCUUAGCUAAAAAAACCAAAGUCUGCCAUGGUACGGUAGGACUGUCAUAUUAAAUUUGGGAUCAUUUAACUCAAGGCCAUGGGUCUCGACUGCUUCAGUUCCUCUGAGCAAUGGAACAUAAAACCACAUUCCUGUAAUAACUAGGAACAAGCGAAAUGGUGAGGGGGGAUCUCAUUUCUAUUGUUUAUGACAAGCUUUCAGAGUUUUUAGUGGGCAGUGCUUUUCAUACCUCUUCAGGUUUUACUUCUCUUGUUGUGAAGUCUUUAACGCAGUCCAAAAAGCAGGUUUCUGUAAGUUUAUUGUAGGUUCCAAGAAAUUCUUUAAACUACGAACAAAUCAGAGCAUUCUUUAAUAUUUGGUUUUUUAAAACAAAGAUGUUUUGAAACUUUAAUUACUGAUGUUUUGUAUUUGGGCAAAAUACCCUGUUAUACUUGAACUAAAAAAUUCUUUCCUUCACUCAGGUGGGUAUAGUAUGACCUGUAGAGUAUGAUCUAUAAAACAUAGUCAAAUUUUCUAGUUAAAUAUUUUUUUUUGCAUUAUCUGUCAAAUUAUCUGAAAAAAAAAAUGUUUCAUAUGAUUUAAAAUCCAUUUUUGGAAAUGAAAUUUGAAGUUAUUUUGUGAGAUCACUGACUGACAUGGUUGCACCCAGAAGUGCCUUAAAUUUUUUGCAAAAUUCUUUUUCAUUAAUUGUAAUACCUUACCUGUUUUAUCUGAUCAGAUUCUGGUAUUUGUGCAGCCAUAUUCUUUUGAUAUGUUUAUUAGUCACCUAAUUUAAAAAUUAAGGAAAAGUUAGUCUGUGAACAAAUAUUUUUUGGCUCACUGAAGAGUUAGGUAUUAAAACAAAUACAGGUUAUUAAAAGAAAUGAAACGAAGUUUACCUGAAAUUAUUUUCUUUAUUUUAUAAAUUUCUAAUGGGGUAUGUAAUUAUAUCCAUCCUCCCAGGUCAUUAAUGGCAACAAGGAACGCUAUAGUUUAGAAUUAGAUUUUUUUAAUGCUGGCCAUGGGCCCUGUUUAUCUAAAUCUCGUUUUAAGACAGCUUGCUUUGCUACCUUGCAAAGUCACUUGCCACAGCCUCAUUCCUAGUAGUUUUAAGGGAAACCAAGAGAUCUCUGAUGUCUUCUUCAAGUACAUAACUAUUCCACUGGUUCCUAAUGUAACUCUGAUCUAACAUAACAGCGAUCCUUCUGUUAUCUCUACAUAAAUACACAGCUUCUAUUAAUUGUUCUUAAGCACCAUCCAUUUAUAAAUCAACAACUGUAAUGAAAGAUACUCCGUUUUCUAAAAGACUUUAAUGGAAGUACAGGAGUUGUACAUUCUGUAAUUCAAAAAGUGUAAUCACAGAGACUUAUUAGAAACUUUUGAACCUAUGACACUUGUGAUCUAACUUGGGGGCAACAAAGAAGUGAAGAUAAGUCAAAAAAGCCUUUCUGAAUUAUUAGGAUUUUCACAUUGUUAAAUGGAGAGCCCAGACUCAGUUAAUCCAGAUAUAACAACGUAUCCCAUUACUUACUUGUUCUAUUCUGGCUAGUUCUACAAUAGAUGAACAUCUCAUAUGAAAGAUUUAUAUAAAAUAAAGCUUUUUAAAAGUAGAAAUUAAACAGCAUGAAAAGGGAAGAAUAAGCAAAUACUAACCAUGUAUACUGUAAACUAACAGAACUUCUAGGCAUUAUAUUUAGCUUUGAGUUUUCUGAUACUGAAUGCAAACAUGAUAAACCGAAAGUGUGUAUCAUUCUUAUAGACUUGUCAAUAUCUCAAGUGGCUGUGAAAAGCAGGAAAUUUUCAUGAAGCUUAUAUGGAGAUAAAACUAGGAAAUUUCAGCACAGGACAAAGUGUACAUUACUAUCAUGAAAAAAAAUUUUCAUUUUGAUUAAUUAAUACAAUCAGUAGUAAUUCCAUUGCAGCAUUUCCAACCACGUAUACACCUGCUCCUCUUUUGCAUUUAUUCUUUACUCCUCUUUUUUCCUUAUCCUUAAGUUCCUAUUACUGACAUUUUUUUUCACAUGCAAGGGAAAGUACUCAUUCUUUUCUGUCUGGUUUUUAAGAUAUUUAUAUUGUUUAUUUUUGAGAAAGAGUGUGAGUCGGGGAGGAGCAGAGAACAAGGGAGACACAGAAUCUGAAACAGGCUCCAGGCUCUGAUCUAUCAGCACAGAGGCCAACGUGGGGAUCGAACUCAAGCAACAGGGGAUCAUGACCUGAGCUGAGGUCGGAAACGUAACCAACUGAGCCAGCCAAGUGCCCCUGCUCUUCUUUUUUUUAAAUAAUUUUUUUAACAUUUAUUU